CGUCUACAGUCUGAAAACCAGCGGUAUAGACCUAUUGUCUAGCCAAUCAGAUAUUACCUACAAGUGACUUGGUGAAAACAAAAUGGCGAUGCAGCCACAUAGGCGGAAAGGAGGAAGAGGAUCGGAUUACGGUCGUCGCGAUCAGGCCUGGGGCUCGCCAAGAUCUGGCUCACCUGGCUCUCCCACUAUAAAUGGCAGCCCAAGGUCUGCACGGCGGCGAGAAGCUGGUCAUCCCUCUGAACUUGACCAGUACACCAGGUUUUUGGGGGAUUUGUGGCAUUCUGUGGAAAGAGAUCUCAAUGAAAAUCCAGGAAAAGUAACUAUAUUCACACUCAAAGAGUUCAAUCCUGGAAACCAAGAGGGACCUUAUUCUACUUUUGAUGUUGAUGGUUUUUUUGCUGACCUAAACAAGACUUUCUAUCAACAAUCGUCCCACUACCACCCUAACCUGAUGCAGGGUGUAGGUAGCUACCAAGGCACACAACCAACUCCAAAUCAGCAACUGAAGUCAUAGAAUGAAAGACAUUUAUCUAGGAAAUGCCAAGAGUAGUGUGAUAUCCGGGGGGGGGGGGGGGGGGGGGGAAGAAAAGUAGACGGGGGUGAUCAUCACAUCUUUUAGGGAAUAAAUUUCAACCAACCCAUAUCCCAUAUCCCUUAGGGGGUGUUGAAGGAUUUUUCUUAUUCUGCUAUCUCUUAGGGUAUAAAAUGCAAACUAACUGCUAUUCCUUAGGGGGUAUUUUAUUUUUUUCCUGAUUCUUUUAUUUACACCCAAUUUGCUAUCUCUCAGGGUUAACAAUUCCUUCUACCACACCCAAUUUGCUAUCUCUUAGGGGUAAGAAUUUCUGUUGACCACACCCAAAGUGCUAUCCCUUAGGGCAAAAAUUGGUUUUUCAGACGAUCACUCCGUCUGUUUUUAUGAGCCCCCCCCCCCCCCCCCCCCCCCCCCCCCCCGGGGUGAACUCAAUGGGAAGACGGAGGAGGACUAUUGCCCCCUUUGAUAUCAUUUAUUACUUAAAGGUCAGGCAUGCCACCAUUUUACCCCGUCAAAAAGCAUCCAUUCCCAUCAGCUAAUUUUAGCAAUUAACUAAGAUGCUUUUAAUCAAACAUUGUUGCUCAAGUAUCAGACUUGAAUUGGGGGUGGUUAUUUUGAAGUUUGAUUGAAAGUAGACUGGUGUAUUUUCAAAUGUAAACAAUAGCAAAGUGGAUGGUGCCAAUCAAUGUGGCAAUUAAUUUUUUUCAGAAGCUUGUAGAGAAAACCUUAUUUUUCUAUUUUCUGCUCACUAAACCAACACAUUUGCUUUACUGAAAAGAGGACUAAAACACUUAUUUGAACAAACUAUAACAAAUGCAAACACCAAAGCUUUAUUUUAUACCAAGGCAUUUUAUUUAUUUUAAUUAGAGUAUUUGCAUAUUCAAUUGAAAAUGUUGCCCAGUCAUGGUAGAAAUUAUCUCUUGCCUGUAACGAUUGUAGAGAAAAACAUUUAUUCAAAUGAACUCAUCUUAAUAGAUCGCAAAAUAUUGUCCUCUGUUUUGUGGUAAAGGUUUUCUUUUGGAUCAAAGGAGAAAAACAAUCUUUUAAGGCUUUGCCAUUGUAAAAAUGCUGACAUUAAACAAUUAUUGGAUGAG